AUGGAUAGUGUAGAUGAUGAGAAACCUAUAACUAAAUAUAUCAUUGUGACCGGAGGUAAUAUGAGUGGGCUAGGUAAAGGGACAGCUAUGAGUAGUAUGGCUGUUUUAUUGUUAACAAAAAACAUUUUAUUAACUACAAUAAAGAUUGACCCAUAUUUAAAUAUUGAUGCAGGUACUAUGUCUCCAUAUGAACAUGGAGAGGUUUAUGUAUUAGAAGAUGGUGGUGAAGUUGAUUUAGAUUUAGGUAAUUAUGAACGAUUUUUAAAUAUAAGAUUAACUUAUAAGAAUAAUAUUACAUCAGGUAAAAUAUAUGAAGAAGUUAUAAAAAAAGAAAGAAAAGGUGAAUACUUAGGUAAAACAGUACAAGUAGUACCACAUGUAACAGAUGCUAUACAAAAAUGGAUAAAAGAUGUGAUUGAUGAAAAUAUUAAGAAAAUGAAAAAAGAAUAUAAUAUCGAUUCUUUUAAUAAAAUUCCUUGUAUGUGUUUAAUAGAAGUUGGUGGUACUGUUGGUGAUAUUGAAUCAGCUGUUUAUUUAGAAGCUUUACAACAAUUAAUUAAUAAUUUAAAUAAUGAUGAUGUUUGUCUAUGUCAUUUAUCUUAUGUACCUAUUACAGGAAAUCUUAGGGAACAAAAAACGAAACCUACACAACAUAGUGUAAAAAUAUUAAGAGAAGCAGGUUUAAAACCAGAUUUUAUAUUUUGUAGAUGUGAAGAACCAUUAACACAAGAAGCUAUUAAAAAAAUUGCUUUAUUCUCACAAGUUAAAAAUGAACAUGUUAUAUCAUUACAUGAUACAUCUAAUGUAUAUAAAGUUCCUUUAAUUUUAGAAAAACAAAAUGUUUGUAUUAAUGUAUUAAAAAAGUUAAAUCUAGAAAAUAUCGUAUUAAAUAAUAAAUUACAAAUCUCACCUUAUUCAUUUAAUAUAUGGAAACAACUCGCAGACAGAUAUGAAUCACCAACCGAACAAGUUGUUAUAGGUAUUGUAGGUAAAUAUACAGCAUCUAAUGAUACUUAUUUAUCUAUUAUCUCAUCUUUAGUACAUGCAUGUUUAGAAUGUGGAUUUAAAUUAGUUAUUAAGUAUAUUAACAGUAGCCAUUUAUCCUUAAAACAAAAAAAACAAAAAAAAAAUAUGGACUGGAAAAAAAAAGCAAAGAAAUAUUCAUAUGAAAAUUUUUAUGAAAACAGUAGCACAGAAAAACUCAUAUUUGUAGACGAUACUACUUCUGAUGAAGAUUAUGAUAAAAAAAGAAGAAUAAAAUAUGAAAAAGCAUGGGAAACAUUAAAAUCAGUAGAUGGUGUUUUAGUACCUGGAGGAUUUGGUACGAGAGGUAUUGAAGGAAAAUAUUUAUCUUCAAAAUAUUGUCGUCUACAUAAUAUACCAUAUUUAGGAAUAUGUUUAGGAAUGCAAAUAGCUGUUAUAGAUGUAGCGAGAGAAUAUUUAAAUGUGAAUGCAAAUUCGGAGGAAUUUGAGGAUACAACAGAAAUGCAAUCUACAUCAAACGAAUAUAAUGCAGUACCUACUGAUAAUGUUAAUAAUAAUAAUAAUCAAUAUGGAAAAAAAAAUAAAAAUACAACUAAUUAUUCUUAUAAUGAAAAUGAAAAAAAAGAAAAUGUAAUAAAUUUAGAAAAUUUAAAAAAUGAAAUGAAUGAAUAUAAAAAGGAUGCACAUAUAAAUGAAAAUUGUAGUAGGAAUACAACGUCAUCUUGUAUUUCAAAUAAAAGUAAUUCAAGUCAUAAAACGAAAGUAUUGGCUAGUUAUACAGAACGUCCAAAACAUGAUAAUGUAAAUACUUUGAAAAAGGAAAUUCAUUUUGAUGAUAAUAUAUCAACAUCAAUUAUAAAUGAUGAUAUAAAUGUUGAGAAUAAUAAUUAUUCACACUAUCAAGAUACAUAUAUAAAAGAUAAAAAUACAUAUGAUGAUACGGAUCCUAUGUUUGAUGGAAAGGAAUAUUUAAAAAGUCAAUCACUUAUAUUAAAAGAAAAAUGUAUAAACGAUAUUCCUAAAAAAUUAACUGAAGAAUCAAUAAAAGAGAAAAUUCAACUUAUAGGUAUAGAAAGUUAUUACAAAAGUAUAGAAGAAAUAGAUAAUAACAAUGUAAUUAUAUCUAUGAGUGAAUUUAAAGGUGAUGAUAAUAAAGGAGGUACCAUGCGUCUAGGUGUAAAACAAUCAAAAAUUAUAGAUAAAGAAUCUUUAACAUAUAAAGCAUACGACGAAGAAUUAUAUAUAUAUGAAAGACAUAGACAUAGAUAUGAAAUAAAUCCUAAGUAUGUACCCUUAUUAGAAGCUGUUGGAUUAUCAUUUGUAGCUAAAGAUAUACAUAGUGUCAGAAUGGAAAUUUGUGAAAUUAAAAAUUUAGAUUUUUAUGUAGGUGUGCAAUUUCAUCCUGAAUUUACUUCUAGACCAUUUAAAUCCAAUCCUAUAUUUCUUGCAUUUGUGUUAGCGUCAAAGAAAAAGUUAAAAGAGCGCUUGAACAAAUAUGGUAAUAAGUUAUGUUCAGGAAUUUUAUACAAAUGA